AUGACUACACCACCCGAAACACUAAUUAAUAAUUUAUCUUCGUUUGCUUCUUCAUUUUAUGAAAGUAAUGAAGAAUUUUAUUUACAAAAUGUAAAUGAAGGCUAUAAAAAAUUUUAUUUAAAUAAAAAAGCAUAUAAUGAAGCACAAAAAAUUCAACGAGAGAAAAUUAAAAGGGAAAGAAAUAAGAUGAAAAAAAUAAUUAAAAAUUAUAGAGAAUCUAUUUGUCGAAUGAGAAGAAGACGUGAUUCUUUAAAGGAAAGAAUUGAAAUAUUGGAAAGAGAAAAUAAAUUAUUGAGAGAGAAUAGUAACGAAAAAGAAGAUAAAAUUAGUUUAGUUAAAAUUGAAAAUGAAAAUAAUGAUUUGGGUGUUGUGAAAAAUAAUAGAAAAUUUAAAGCUGUAUUUCAUAGAUAA